AUUCACCUGCGCCUGCGACGAUUCACCAGUCUUACUUCGUAUACCGUGAUAGCCACUACCAUAACACGCGUAUUAUUUUUAUUUUAUUUUUACGUUAGUGCGUGUUGCCAGUAUCAACAUAGUAUAUAUCAAAGUGCAAAAUGGCAGUCGGGAGAUCGUGGUCGUAUGCAGUUGUGUUCCUGGCAAGUUGUGCUGUGGUAUCAUGCGCACAAUCAGAGGACCCUUGCAAGACAAAAUCUCGUGUAGUAUCUGACGACAAGUACUGUGACAAAUACUGGGAGUGUGAGAACGGUCAGGCGGUGCAAUACGACUGUCCUAAUGGUUUGGUCUUCGCUGGGAAGCACAGAGGCGUCACCGAGGGUUGCGACUAUCCUUGGAGAUCAAAUUACUGUGAAUAUCCGAAGGUUCAAAUAAAUAAUCCUAUAGGUACCGAGCAUUGCGACUGGCUGUACGGUAUCUUCGGACACGAGACAUCUUGUACGCGCUACUGGACUUGCUGGAAUGGUACCGCCACAGAGCAACUGUGCAUCGGCGGUCUGCUGUACAACGAGAACGCCCACUCCUGCGACUGGCCCGAGAACGUUGACGGUUGCCAGAAACAUCCUCUCUGCAACGAAGACCCGAACGGUAACGUGCCUUUGGGUAAAUCAUGCAACCGCUACUGGCAAUGUCAAGGAGGCUACCCACGCUUGCAGCGCUGUCCCGCCAUGCUAGUCUUCGACAGACGGUCACUAAGAUGUGUGGUACCUCCGACUGAUGAAUGCGAGAUCCCUACAACUACAAUAUCACCACAGGAAGAAGAAGAGAACUCAAGACCGGGUCAACAACAGAAGCGACCUGAGUACCCCGACGGUCAGCCCGGCCGUCAACGAGCAAGAAACUAAUUCAAAACUUCUCACUUAUUCUAUCAAAUAGAAUUAAUCCGUCUUUAUUUAACUUUAUAAUAACGUAAGCCGAAAUUUGUAUACUUUUUUCAAUACCUUAGACACCUGAAAAUUUAUACAGGUUAUGCUAAAACAGAAAAUUAGACCAUAUUCAAGAAUUAUCUCAACAAGUUUGAGGAUGCAAAAACAAUAUUUAUUAAUUGUAAAAAUACGUUUACAAAAACAUGAACAUUAUGUCUAAAGUGUACCUUUUUAAAUAAUAGUUAUAAUCCAAAACAAUAUUUAACUAAUAAUAAAAAAUAAAAACAUAAGAAAAUUGUAGAUUAAAAAAUUAACCGAGGUCAGUUUUUAUUUUAUUAUAAAAAGGAUAAACAGCCAUGGACUAACACAUUAAAUAAGUUAUCUACUUAGUAAGUUAUAAUUACAUUGAAAUGUACUUAAAAUAAUUAAGUCUUAGUUAUAUUUAAAAUAGAUGUAUCGUAUUUACUCGUAAAUACUCAAUAGAAUCACAAAGAUAAAAACCAGUAUCCCAAAAAAACUUUGUAGAUAGAUUUAAUUCUGUAUUUUUAUAGUUUUAAGUUAAUAAAGUUGAUUUUAAGGUA